AUGAUCAAUCAAUGUAAAACACAACAACCUCCUAAUCAGAAUGAGAUCGAUGACAUAAUUAAACCUUAUGAUGUUUAUGCAAAUGAGAUUGAUAGUGUUAUAAUUCUUGGAUUCCAUGACUAUUUAAACCAUACUCAAAAUCCAUCUACAAGCGAAUUACUUACAGAAGAACAAAUAGUCCAAACGGUCACCACUAAUAAUGAUGAACCAGACAGUGAUGAAGAGCCACAUCAAAUCAAUGAUAAGGAAGCACAAGUAUCUUUGAAUACCUUUCAUAGCUAUUUUGAACAAUAA